CUACUUGCCAACGUAGACAAAUGAUUUGAUAUUUCGAACAGAAUUUGUUUACAGAUCCUAAGCGACACCGUUGGUAUUAUAGAAACAUAAGCGGUUGCCGGCUGCGGUAGUUUUUGUUCAGUUCAUCAGACAAAAAUCGGCCACAGAGCAUAAAGACGGUGAGUUCCCACCUUCCGAUGUAACAUUUGUCACCCCACUUUGUCGUUAACUGUAACAAUCAAUUCCUCGGAAACCGACUGCUGUUUUCUGACAUUCACUUGUCUGUCGCCGCGAAAUUUCCCCCCGGCUUUGAUCCUCUUGUCUUUAUUGACUUUGGGAUUCUUAAAACUGAUUUCCCUUUUGUACUUAACACCCAAGCUUCCUAUUCAUCUCCGUAUCCGAAGAACUCAAUUAUCUGUGAAAAUUCCAGAUUUUCCCUCACUUGUUAUUGGAAUAACAACCCUUUUCUUGUUCCUCAUAAUUUGCUUUAUAUCUUCCUUUUGAAGUUCUUCAGUUUUGGAAUUUGAACUUAUUUGAACUUGAAAUUCCUUUUUGGUAUUGUAUUUCUUAUGGGUUUUUCCCCCAGGACUAAUUCGUUUACUAGUGGAGCUGAAAUUCUCUGGAGAUUUUGAGCUGUUUAACUUGUGAUGGUUUCCUGUGCAAUUUCUUCAUGGACCUUAACGGGUCUUGUAAGAUCUUUUCUUGAUCUUACUCUAGCUUAUUUCCUUCUAUGUGGAUCAACCUUGGGUUAUUUUGCUUGGAAAUUCUGUGAUGUUUUUGGUAUUCACUUACCCUGUCUUUGUUCUGGGUUUUUUGGGUACCAAAAUAGCAGCCUCUGCUGGCAUAACCUGCUUAUUCAAUGGCCAAGAAGAAAGAUAUGCUCUGUUCAAAAUCUGGCUUUGAAUAGGUUCCCUUUCGACUCGGUUUCCUUCAACGACCGAACCUUGAAUUCGAACGAUGUUAAAUUCGGUAACGGGGUCAUUGAAUUGGAAGGUGAAGUAUGUUCUACUUCACUUUCAGCUGUAAGAUUGCAAACUCUGGUGGACAAAGAUAGUGUAUAUGAUGCCAAGGGAAAACGAACCUUGAAUCAGAAGCAGAAAUUGGGAGCUCGGAGGCGGCGGAGGACUGCUUUCGGUAAUGGAAAGCCUUCUCCAAUAUUAUUGUCCGAUAAUUUCCCAUCAUCUAUUUCAGGUGUUUCAUCUUCUUUGUAUAUUAGUGGCGGUGAAACAAGAAGUGUAAUUAAGAAUAAUUUCUGUCCAGUUGCUGAAAUUGAAGAUAGUUUACCUGAUGAUAAAAAUACUCAAACUGGCACGGAUAUAGGUGAUACAACCCGGCAUGGUUUUGGACUGAGCAGUGGAAAGGAAAAAGGAUCGAAUUUUACGAAAAAAUCGACAUGUAUCGACUCUAAUGAGAAACCAGGGUUUAAUGGAGGUGAAGCGAAUCGGAUCAGAAUGUUGGAACAAGCUCUUGAAGAAGAGAAGGAUAAACUUGCUGCUAUAUACCUGGAGUUGGAGAAAGAAAAGGCUGCUGCCGCUUCGGCCGCUGAUGCAACCAUGGCAAUGAUUUUGCGGCUACAAGAGGAUAAGGCUUCUAUACAAAUGGAAGCAAGGCAAUAUAAAAGGAUGAUGGAAGAAAAAAAUGCUUAUGAUGAUGAAGAGAUGAACAUUCUAAACGAGAUACUUGUUAGGAUGGAGAAGGAGAAUCACCUAUUGGAGAGAGAACUAGAAGCUUACAGGCUAGGAGACAAGCCAGAGGAAUGUGAAUUUAGUUAUACUUUGGGUAAAGAGGCACAACAGCCUUCGAUUCAACUUGGACGAGGUGAAGAUUCACUGGUGAUGGUGAAACAGGCGGGGAAUAGUGGAUCGAGUGACGAGAAGGAAGUGGGAACAGUGGAUCAUGAUGACAUAGCCUGCCAAGAAAUUGCAACCAAAAUGGUCCAAGGCAUCGAGAAAACUUCUUCAGCUGCAGAAGAGGAGCUCAAGAAGAAUGCGGAUUUUGGCAAGCCACUAGACUGUAACCUACAUCUACAACAUCCCACGUCUGACGUGGAGCCGGCUAUCUAUGAUGUCCAUGUUGUUGAUGAUAAAUUAGACAUUUCGGAGGAGAACUCAAAAGAAAGUAAAAUGCCAUCUGAUUCUGCUUUAGAUCACAAAACCUCGCUAUAUAAAUUUCGCAGGACUUUCUCUGGGGUCAGUAAUGAAAUGUUGGCCAUUGGUGCUGAAAUCGAAGGCCUUAGAGAAAGGUUACAGAUUGUGCGAGGAGAAAAAGUGAAGCUUACUUUCUCAUCAGAUCAGAGGAAAAUGGUCGAUACCCAUUUGAAACAAAUCGAGGAGCUGAUGAACCAGCUUCGGGAAUUUCAGCAACUGAAGGAGCCUGUUCGACAGGCUUCUUUACCUCCUUUGCCUUCAUCUUCCAAGGUCGUUUCUAACAGGAGACGGUGCCGGAGCGUAUCCGAUGAAAUCGAAGAUGGUGCCUAAAGCCACCCCAUGUAUGGUAGCCUGUCGAAUCCGGGAAGAAAACCGCCGCCUCCUUGCUGGUUUGUGUCAAGUGUCUUUUUCAGACAAUUUGUUUAUUGAAACUGUAAAGUCCAUAAAGAAGGUAGUUGAUGUUUGUUGGUUGCUGAGAAAUUGUACGCAAAACUGUGUUAAUAUAUUACUAGUUUUUUUC